CACAGAAGAAAGACUCACUGCAUAGAAGAAAGACAAUAUUCAGAAGAAAGACUCACUGCAUAGAAGAAAGACACUAUUCAGAAGAAAGAGGAAACCCAGAGGAAAGACGCUCUACUGAAUCUUGAAAUGGGGGCAGCACAGUCCAUCCCAGUGGUCGGAGAAACCGUUACUGUUAUUGAUAGCGGUGUCAAGAUUGUUGCAGCUGCUUCCUGUGCUCUUGCAGGAGAAAUAUUGGAUUGUCAGAGGGCCAGAGAUGAUGCCAAAAAGUUUGCAGAAGCUGCCGGAAAGUCUUGGGUGGAGUAUUCCGAGAGAAACGUAAUCGCUGCUCCAACACGUGCCUAUCUUCACGCUGUUACUGGUGACACAGAUGAAGCGAGUAGAGUAAUGAAGAAGAUGGGUAAUUCAGUUGUGGAAGUCAUUGACAACACUCCAGUCGUCGGGCACGCUAAGGGCGUUGUUCACUACAUAGCUGGCGAUACAGAGCGUGGGCAUGCGUGCAUGAAAGGUGCCAGCCGUACGGUAGCGGUGGCUGGAGUUGGCGCUCUGACUGGGGGACUUGGAGGAGGAGCAGUUUUAGCCGGCGUAGCUGCAGCUUCCUCUGGUGUUACGUAUGACACAACGGUAAGUAUUAUUCAGAGCAGUGGAGAAAAAGAAAAACGACCUUAUGGAGUUGUAACUGCUAUCGACAAUGCCGUUAAAUCGGCUAAAAACAAAGAUGGUUAUGGUCUGAUAGAUUCAGCAAUAAACAUCGGAUACACCCUAACCGGAGACUUUGCUACCGGAGCUGCUGCUGGGACGUCCAUUAGGAAGCUAAACAAGGCCUCAAAGGAAAGGAGAGCGUUGAAAAACACAAUGGGAGAAAAAGCCGCCAAAGACACUAUUGGCACUGCCAAGAAGUUUAAGAAGGAAGUACAGAAUAAUGUUAAGGGAGAUGCCCACGUUAUGACGAAAACGAAAGACCUUAGAACGGGGAAAGAAGCUUAUGGGACUAGUAAACGGUGCAGACAGCAGAUUGCAGAGAAUGAGUUCAAAGCGAAAGGUAAAGAGAGUGGCUAUAAUAGUGUAACGGAAGCUAGGAAAGGGAAAGUUGGUGAAUUUCCCAGAGCGAAAGGAAUCCUUGAAAAAAGAGCCAAUGAGGUGGGAUUAGAUGUUACACGAAAGGUUAAUCGAGCUCUAAAUGCUUGUGCUGAGCACGAGGCCUUUGAAAACCUGGGUUGUACUGGCGAUGAGGCUCCAGUUCGCACAGUUAGUGUUGAAUAUCGUAACAAGGGUUACAGAACUGUACCAAGAUGCGACAACUGUGAGCAGUUUGGAGAUCUGAUGGGACAUGUGGCCACUGAUGGGCCUCAAAUGCCAGUCCCCACACGCCAGUUUGUUCUCGACAGAUCGCUGCCUGCCGUCAAAUCUGCAGCUUUGUAUGCAGGCGCUGCAGUCGUAGUCUGUGCCGUGUGUGGUGACGAUGAGGAUGACUGUACUUGCUUAAAGACUGUGGUGAAGGUGGUGAAGAAGAGGCCUAUUAUUAUACGUUUUGAUAAGUUGACUUUGAGUUGAGUUGAACUUGCAUUUUUUAAGUGAACACAGCUUGUUUAUUCUGAGUAAGUAAGACUUAAUGACGUAUACACUUUUGACAUAAAUACUUUAGCUUUAUUUUAGCUUAACUUGCCUUAACUAAUUUGCUUCGGAGUCAUUGGAAUGGUUAUUUGACUUAUUUUGGGUUGUAUGACGGCUGUCUCGCUUCCCCCUAGCGCCUUUGAGCGGAAACACCACGCAUACAAGUUUUGUGCCCCCGGGACUUCCUAACAGAAAGUCUCCAGCCUGGCGAUCAUGCUCAUGAAAAGGCAGACUGACCGAUUGGGGAGUUUUGUACAAUAUACACGCUAAAGCUGUAGGGGAAGCUCUACAGAGAAAUCUGCAAGCAUAAAACGACCGAAAACAAAAAAGUGAAACCGGCAUUGAAAUUGCCAAACCUGCAUAGUUUCCCUUUAAAUCUGUUAAAGAUUUAUAUUUUGGAACAUUUGUAGCUAUGGGAUAAUGUAAGAAAUUAUUUUGUUCAGAUUUGAGUGAAAUCUGUCUGUGUGACAAACUGCGCAGGAGGCUCCACAGGAAAUGGAGGCAAGUGCAGCUAUAACAAAAACUCAGUAAAAAUCCUCUUUAGAGAGAGGGAGAGGGAAAAUAGUUUUCACAUAAUGUGUUUAAUCCUGUUUGGAAAAUGCGUGUAAUCUGUAUAUUCGUUAGUUUGGAAAAUAAACAUGUUUUGACAUAUAUGUUGUACGUGUCACUAGAUAUAUAAUCACACUUGUGUGCAGUGUAUGGAAAAGGUUUGCGAUAAGAAAGGCCAGGGGUAGACAGCCACAUCUACAGUAGGAGAUUGUGGAUAGGAUGGUGAAUUGCAAGUACAGGUGAUUUACUUAGCAAAAUUGACCGCAGGGCCAAAUCCGGCUCAAACUGGUAUCAUGUAGAUAGAUACUGUAGAUAGACAAAUGCAGUAUCCUCCGGAGUAUCUUGUUUUCUGUGUAGUUAAAGAUGCAAAAAGCAUUUCCUGUAGUAAACAAUAAACGUUCCUCCUGGAUUUAUAUGCUCUGCCCUGCUUUCCAUUUGUUUGAUGUGUUGUGUAAAGUUUUCAUUUUGAAUGAUUUGUGAAUGAUCUGAAGACAUUACUUGGUUGAGCAUAAAACUGUUAGACGAUUCAUUGACUUUGUGUUUCAGAAAUUAUUGACAUAUGUAUUCUUAUAUAUUUUGAUAAUCUGAAAAAGCGUUGCGAAAUAUAAUCAUGAUUGAUGAAACAUUAUAUACAGUAUAAUAUACUGUAUUUGAUAACCCUGAAACAUGUGUUCUUAUAUUGAUGAUCUUAAAACAUAUGUUCUUAUGUACAGGUAUUAAUGAUCUACAAAGCUCUUGUGUACAAAAUGUAUAUGAAAGCUGGAACUGCUUUCUCUAGACCCGAGUGCACACCUCAAGUUCUGUUUUGUUAUUCUGUUCAAAAGUUUUGUUCUAUUUAAAAUUUCCGUUGCCCUUUAAACAUGUCUGGCUGAGAAAAAGCCAGGGUACAAAUGUUAUGCUGGGUAAAGCCAGGGUACAAAUGUUAUGCUGGGUAAAGCCAGGGUACAAAUAUUAUGCUGGGUAAAGCCAGGGUACAAAUGUCAUGCUGGGUAAAUUGUCAUGCUGGUUUAGAAGUAUUGCGGUUUUGAUCCAUGUGUAAAUGGCAAAGCUGCAUCCAGAGGCCCUGCUUGUAUAAUCCCACGUAUAAAGGAAGCCCCCCAGACAUAACUCAUCAGAGUCUGGUGUCGUGGACCUCUCUGUGUUGUAUCAUUCUCUCUCUUUACAAAGAUAAUACAAUUGAUCGUC